GUAAUGGAAACCGAUGAGGCCCAGCGUGUGCUGCCGUUUCAGCUACAAUUCGACAAACCAGUCGCCUCUCAGAUCAAAAUGGCGGAAUGGAAUCCGGAGAAGGAUUUAUUAGCCAUGGUUACGGAAGAAUCGAAGAUUUUGCUGCACCGAUUCAAUUGGCAAAGGUUGUGGACCAUUUCGCCAGGAAAGUCCAUUACGUCCCUGUGUUGGCGUCCUGAUGGCAAAGCAAUAGCCGUUGGGCUAGAAGACGGAACCGUUUCCUUGCAUGAUGUUGAAAAUGGAAAAUUGCUGAGAAGCUUAAAAUCCCAUACCGUUGCUGUUGUAUGUCUUAACUGGGAGGAGGAUGGACAACUCACUAAGAAUAAUUCUGCUGACAUCUCAACAUAUGAUGACCGUACUUCUCGUUUCUUCCCUCCUGCUCCAAGAAUUCCUCGAAUGCCUGGACUGGUGUCUGGAACUGGCUUCAUGGAUGAUAAUGAAGAUUCAUUUUUUGAGCUAUCAAAUUCUUCACAUCAACGUUUUAAUAUUCUAUGUAGUGGAGACAAAGAUGGAAGCAUAUGCUUUAAUAUCUUCGGGAUAUUUCCAAUAGGGAAAAUAAACAUACAUGAGUUUUAUGUUCCUACUCCCCUUGUGGAUAAACAAGCUACAUACCAACUUCUGAAUGCUUCCAUUUUCAAGGUUGCUUUGUCAAAAGACCUUUGUCGCUUGAUAGUCAUGUGCUCAGGACAACUUAAUCAAGAUGAGGAUAAAUUGGGUGAGAAACAAAUAGGUGGACAUGAUAUGCAUGGCUUACAUAGCUUAGUUCUGAAUUCUUCCAUAUUCUCAAAGAGGAAAAAUGAGCUCCAUCAGAUGGCCCAGCAGGCUUCUAACAUUGAGGAUUUAAUGGAGGUUAUCAGGGCUUCACUAACAAUUAUGUGUAAGCAGUGGUCAGAUGCCAUGCACACUUUCCACGAGAAGUUUGAUUCUCUCCCUACUUUGAUUGUUGACAAUGGUCUGGACUCUUCUCCCCAGGAGGAGUUUUUAAGCCUUUUAGGUGGUGCUCGUACUAGUCCAGCAAUUCACCAGUUUCUAGUUAACUCUCUUGGUGAAGCGGCUGUCAAGCGUGUGUCAAAGGCUGUUUGUGGUGCUGGGAAAGAACUUCAGCUUAUUGUCCUUGAUCAUCUUCAGCCUGCUGCAGAAAUUAUUGGAUUCAGGAUGGGAGAACUAAGAGGCCUUUCAAGAUGGCGUGUACGCUAUCAGGGUAUUGGGUUGGAUGAGACGCUAAUUAACCAUGCAUCAGAGAAGUCUGGUAUGUUUCUAGUACAAGUCGAGCGGUUUAUGAGGGUGCUUUCAUCUGUGGUGCAGCAG